AUGGAGGCUAAUCCAACAACAAUAACAACAAUGACACCAACAACACAAUCAACAAUGACACCAACAACAGUUGAGUUUGAUUUACAACUGUUACAUCAGUUGUAUGAUGUAUUCAAACUAAUGUUUGAUGACAAGAUUGAUGAUGUAGCGACCAAACCAGCAUCAACAUCAACAUCAACAUCAACAUCAACAUCAACAUCAACAUCAACAUCAACAUCAACAUCAACAAUAACAACAACAGAUAACAAUGAAGUACAAGUAGAAGUACAGGAUAAUCAAAGAAAGAAUGAAAAGUUCAAGUAUAGAUAUGAGUUGGACUGGCUGUCCGACAAGGAGAGGUCUGCCAUGUUGGACGACGAUGACCGUCCAAACUAUAUGGAUACGACUCUUGUAAACAAUGUAGCAACAAUGUUCACUUACACACCAGAGAGUGAAUUGAUGAGAUACAACUCAUUGAUGUCAUCAAAGUGCUUCUAUCCAAUGAAGCCAUAUUAUAAACAUGUAUCAUUGGUCACAUUGGCUUGGGCAGCACUUGGACGAUUCCCAAUCACAAUGCAACCAGUUCACGGACUUGCAGAGCUCGAUCGUGAGAGCAAUGAUAUAACUACCAGGAAUGACAUUACACAGUGUAUCACUAAGCUGCUACAACAAAAUGAUGGCGAAUGGUCCACAAUGACACUGGACAAAAGGGUCGACGCUAUGUAUCAAUGGUUCAAGAGUCUAGACAUGCGUGCUCUGUUGACAAUGAUGGGUUUCCGCAGGACUGUUGGCUCGACAAAUAGUCUGCCACCAGGCCCAAUACGCCUGAUCAAUGCGGCCAACCUGCCACACAGUCCUGGCUCACCAUCCAAGCUUACCACAUCAGCUCGUGCACUCUGUAAACAUAGUAAUCGCUCGGACAACUCAUUCUGGGGACCUGGAACUGGUCCAGAGCCCGUCAAGAACAUUCGAUCUGAAAAGAUCAUCGUUACCAUGCUCCAAGAGAAUGUCUGGAUGAACAUGCACUGGCUGCCUCAUGACAUUACUAUCCUUGAGAUUAGAUGUGAGGCAGGAUAUGGAUUAAGAUGGGAUGCGUCUGGAGCAGCCUUCAGAGGUACUCUUGAGCCAAUGAUGGAGAAUGGACACGAGAAAGGAUGGAGACAC